UCAAAAUAGAGGACAUGUCAAAGAUGGCAUCGCUGAUGUGUUUCGUACGGUCGGGGAGGAAAGCCGCUUCGGUGGUUUUGCGAAGAGAAUUCCACAGGACAUCACCGGCUGCUCUGCAGAUGACUGUCCGAGAUGCACUGAACCAAGCCAUGGAUGAAGAGCUGGAAAGGGAUGAGCGAGUGUUCCUCCUUGGAGAGGAAGUGGCACAGUAUGAUGGUGCUUACAAGGUAAGCAGAGGACUGUGGAAGAAAUAUGGAGAUAAACGCAUCAUUGACACUCCCAUCACAGAGAUGGGAUUUGCAGGCAUUGCUGUUGGUGCUGCUAUGGCAGGUCUGAGGCCCAUUUGUGAGUUCAUGACCUUCAACUUUUCCAUGCAAGCCAUUGACCAGGUCAUCAACUCUGCAGCAAAGACGUAUUACAUGUCCGCUGGCCUGCAGUCCGUCCCAAUUGUGUUCCGUGGGCCCAAUGGGGCCUCUGCUGGAGUCGCAGCCCAGCACUCACAGUGCUUCGCUGCCUGGUACGGACACUGUCCUGGACUCAAAGUGCUGAGUCCUUGGAAUUCUGAGGACGCCAAGGGACUGCUCAAAUCGGCCAUCAGAGAUGAUAAUCCUGUGGUGUUUUUAGAGAAUGAGCUGAUGUAUGGUGUGCCAUUUGAAAUGUCUGAGGAAGCCCAGUCUAAGGAUUUUACCAUUGCUAUUGGAAAGGCAAAAAUUGAAAGACAAGGGAAUCACAUCACUCUUGUGUCACAUUCCCGGUAUGUGAGUUUCUGUCUUGAUGCAGCGGCUGUCUUGGCAAAAGAGGGUAUUGAGUGUGAGGUUAUUAACCUGCGCACGAUCAGACCCAUGGAUGUGGAGGCCAUUGAGGCCAGUGUGAUGAAAACCAACCAUUUGAUUACUGUCGAAGGGGGGUGGCCACAGUUUGGUGUUGGAGCUGAGAUAUGCGCAAGGAUCAUGGAAGGUCCAGCAUUUAACUAUUUGGAUGCCCCUGCUAUUCGAGUGACGGGUGUGGAUAUCCCCAUGCCUUAUGCUAAGAUUUUGGAAGACAAUAGUAUACCUCAGGUUAAGGACAUCAUAUUUUCUGUGAAAAAGACACUGAAUGUCUGAUCACACCAGUUCAGUUGCAGGGUUUGCAUCAUUCUCCCUUCUGGCACUUAGCAUAAUUUUUCUCUAGAAAAAAACAUUUCUAGAAAAAAACAUUAUAUAUAUACAUACUUUUGUUGCGUAGGGAGUACUUUAAGCAGAGUGAUCUCACUUUCUCACAAGCUUUCAGUGUACUUCAUAUAACACUAGUCUGUCCUCUCAUUCUGUUACAUGUUUUUUUUUUUAAUUCGCAGUUUUGCACCACAUUAGCUUUGUAUGGAGAAAAUGUCCCUUAAAUGAUUGGAAACGCACAAUUUAUGAUUUGGUGCAACUAAAUGUAUUUAUUAUUGAUAAGAUAUACUGUAAGAACUCCAGACCAAAAUAAUGUCUUAGGUUAUCAUCUAACAUAAUACAGUGUUACCUAAAUAAAUUCCUUUUUGACUCUCUGCUCAAGAAGAAACAAACGCACCACUUACUGGCUAAAUUCAGUUUGCAAUGAACGUUUUUACAUUUUGCAUAAUAACUGGAACCAUGGUCAUUCAAUGAACUUGCAUUUCUCUGCUUUCACUGUACUGUUUCCUGUCUGUAUUCAUAGGAUUUGAUUAAAAUCCUUGUCGGUAUUAAAAAAAAUAUAUAUGGUGUUUUCUUCCUGACUAUCAUCUAGACUUAAAGCACAGGUGUGGUACAGAGGUACUCAGACCUAAAUGCCAAAAAAAGCCUUAUGAGGCCAACCCCAUCCAUCACAUUAACAAAGGCCUUACAGU